AUGACAACUCUUAUUUCUAACGAAAAUGAUCUUUUACAAAUCACAGCCUUGGGUGCUGGUAAUGAAGUUGGGAGAUCUUGUCUUGUGAUCCAAUACAAAGGCAAGAAUGUAAUGCUUGAUGCUGGUGUUCACCCUGCAUAUACUGGCCUUGCUGCACUUCCGUUUUAUGAUGAAAUUGAUCCUGCUACAGUUGAUGUUUUACUUAUUAGUCACUUUCAUUUGGAUCAUGCCGCUUCUCUACCAUAUUUUUUAGAAAAGACAACGUUUCAAGGACGGGUGUUUAUGACUCACCCGACGAAAGCAAUUUAUAAAUGGUUGUUAUCUGAUUAUGUUAAAGUCAGUAAUGUCGCAUUGGAUGAAUUACUUUAUGAUGAACAAGAUCUUUUACGUAGUUAUGAUAAAAUAGAAGCAGUGGACUAUCAUCAAGAAGUUGAAGUCGAAGGAAUAAAAUUUACUAGUUAUAAUGCAGGUCAUGUAUUAGGAGCAGCUAUGUUCUUGAUCGAGAUUGCAGGAGUAAAGAUUUUAUAUACAGGAGAUUAUUCAAGGGAGGAAGAUAGACAUUUGAUGGCAGCAGAGUUACCACCAGUACAAGCUGAUAUAUUAAUCACAGAAUCAACAUAUGGUGUUCAAAGUCAUGAACCACGAAUGGAAAAAGAAGCGAGAUUUACUGGUUUGGUUCAUAAAAUCGUACAACGAGGUGGUCGUUGUUUAAUGCCUGUAUUUGCAUUAGGCCGUGCUCAAGAAUUACUCUUAAUUCUAGAUGAAUAUUGGGAAGCUCACCCAGAAUUAGAAUCCGUACCCAUAUAUUAUGCUUCAUCUUUAGCAAAAAAAUGUAUGGCAGUUUAUCAGACAUAUAUAAAUAUGAUGAAUGCCAAAAUUCGUGAACAAUUCGCUAUAUCAAAUCCUUUUGUUUUUAAACAUAUUUCAAAUUUAAAGAAUAUGGAUAAUUUUGAUGAUGUGGGGCCUUGUGUGAUGAUGGCAAGUCCUGGGAUGUUACAGAGUGGUCUCUCGCGAGAAUUGUUUGAACGAUGGUGCCCCGAUAAACGAAAUGGACUUGUCAUCACAGGUUAUUGUGUUGACGGAACCAUGGCGAGGCACGCAAUGAAUGAACCAUCAGAAAUUUCAUCAUUAUCAGGGGCCAAAAUUCCAUUACGCAUGGAGGUUGACUACAUAUCUUUCUCUGCUCACGUUGAUUACACACAAAAUAGUAAAUUUAUUGAUGAGAUAAAAGCUCCUCAUGUGGUUCUUGUUCAUGGUGAAUCCAAUUCAAUGGCUAGAUUGAAAUCUGCAUUACAAAGCAAAUAUAGUGAACAUGAAGAAAAUAUCAAGAUUUAUUCCCCAAAAAAUUGCGAAACGGUAAGGUUACAUUUUAGAGGAGAAAAAUUAGCAAAGACAAUAGGGAAAUUAGCUGCCAGAUAUCCUAUAGAACACCAAAUUGUAUCUGGAAUUAUUGUAUCCAAAGAUUUCCAAUUUAAUAUUAUGGAUUCUAAUGACCUGAAAGAAUUUAGUGGAAUUUCUACAUCGGCGAUAAUUCAAAAACAAACAAUUGCGUAUCAUUGUUCCUUUUCUCUAUUAAAAUAUCAUCUGGAACAGAUGUAUGGACCACUUAAAGAAGUAUUAGACGAAGAUAGUGUUCCAACUUUAACGAUUUUAGAUGCAGUUAAAGUUAGACAUCUUAAUAAAAGUUCAGUUCAACUUGAGUGGUUAGGAACUUCGAUGAAUGAUAAAAUUGCUGAUUCUGUGUUGGCAGUUUUAUUAAAUAUUGAGAGUAGUCCUGCUUCCGUUAAAAAAGAAAGUUAUAAUAAUGAUAAUAAUUUAAUGGAAAUUGAUGAAAAAGAUUCAAUAAAUCCAAAAGAUAAUAAUUCAACAGAGAUGAUGGACUCUUCACUAACACCAUUAUCAUCACGUACAGCGGCCGAAGAAUAUUUAAGAAGACAAUUUGGAAAAGCAUAUAGUAAACAAGAUUCAGAUAGUGAAAUUAUUGUUAAAGUAGAUAAUACUGUAGCUGAAGUUAACAUCAAUACUUUGGAAGUCAAAUCCGAAGAUGAAGUAUUACGGAAUAGGAUACAGAAUAUGUUACCGAGGAUUACAAAAUUUUUACAGCCAUUAGAAAUGUGUCCUGAAUGA